UCGAAACGACGCUUAUCAACCUGUGUCUCUUAUCCUCCAGCCGUUUGAAACAAGUGGAAUUAUUCAGCGACUAUUCAUGGAUUUGUUGAAUAGUGCGAUUAGGAUUUAAGUUGACGUGUCGCGGUGUUUUCAUUUGUCACUUUCAACGUUUAAAUGUGAUUAAAUCAGCAAGGCGGCUCGGCUCGUUUUCCUUCCCGCAAAGCUCGCUAACGUUACCUCAGUCAGGUGGCUGGUCAUUCAGCGAACCGAAACUGCCUGCUUUCUUUGACUUUUUCCCCUCAUACAUGAGAUGGCGGGUGCGACACUUCAGAUUGGCUCCUUGCGGGGCCUGGCCGAGGGCGACCUCCUGGACCCAGCGUUUCAGCAGCGGCUGGAGGAUGCACGUGCCCUGCUGAGGCAGGAGAUCCAGCGCGAGUUGAAGAUCAAGGAGGCAGCAGGGCGGCUGCGGCAGGCCGUCACCAACAAAAAAAAUGCCGCUGAUGUGGAGGGCCAGCUGCGCGCCUCCAGUCGCAAGCUGGAGCAGCUCCAUUGGGAGCUCCAGGAGCUAAAUGCACUUGCAAUGGCCACGGAGAAGGAGACUGCCACGGAUACUGCCACUUCUCCAGAUCCUUGCCACUGGGAAGACGCUACAUCUCCUCUGGCCAGUCGCAUCCGCACUUUGCAGAAACAGCUCACCAUGGAGCUGAAAGUGAAGCAAGGAGCCGAGAACAUCAUCCAGACGUAUGCAAACAGCUCGGUCAAGGAUCGAAAGAUGCUGUCCACAGCCCAGCAGAUGCUGCAGGAUAGCCGGACCAAAAUUGAGCUGCUGCGCAUGCAGAUUGUGAAAGUGACCCAGGCCAGAGAGGGAGAGCGAGAGGCCACAGACCAAGAUGGCCGGCCCGCUGAGACCAUCAGUCCCCUGGAGCUGAGGAUGGAGGAGCUCAGGCACCACCUGAGGAUUGAGGCUGCAGUAGCAGAAGGGGCCAAGAACGUGGUGAAGCAGCUCGGGGGACGCAGAGUUCAGGACCGCCGUGCACUGGCUGAGGCCCAAGCCCGUUUGCAGGAGUCCUCUCAGAAGUUGGAUCUUCUGCGUCUGUCUUUGGAGCAGAGGCUUGGAGAACUCCCCCAUGACCAUCCUAAACGAGGUGCCAUUAAAGAAGAGUUGACUGUUGGUGCCUCUCCUACUGUUGGCCUGCAGAAGGAUCGGCAACACUCUUCAUCCUCUGCAUCCUCCUCUUCGUUCUUCAAAGCAGCAAGCCUUACAGGUCGGCUGGAGGUUAGGCUGAUGGGUUGUCAAGAUCUGUUGGAGUCUGUGCCAGGCCGUUGCCGUGUGUCAUGUACCUCCACUCCCGGCAGCCCCUCUGAGGCCAAGUCCCUGAGGAUGCGGACGGGCCUGUCCACACGCAGCACCAAUGGCAAGACAGCCAAGACCGAUGAUCUGUCCACGGAGAUCAGCGCAGUGUUGAAGGUGGAUAACCGAAUGGUGGGUCACACACAUUGGAGGCCUGUGGGUAAAGAGGCUUGGGAUCAGAGCUUCAGCAUCGAACUGGAGCGGUCACGGGAGCUGGAGAUUGGCGUGUACUGGCGAGACUGGAGGGCCCUGUGUGCUGUAAAGUUCCUUCGUCUGGAGGACUUCUUGGAUAACCAGCGGCAUGGAAUGUGUCUUUACCUGGAGCCCCAAGGCACAUUGUUCACAGAGGUGAGGUUCAUCAACCCGGUCAUUGAGCGACACCCGAAACUACAGAGACAGAAGCGUAUAUUUCCCAAAGAGAAAGGUAAAAACUUCCUACGGGCGGCACAGAUGAACAUGAACUUUGCCACAUGGGGGCGCUUAAUGAUGAGCGUUUUGCCACCCUGCAGCAGCACCAUCACAGCCAUGAGCCCACCACUGGCUGCCUCUGACCUGCCCUCCCCUCCGUUGCCUGUUGGACCUGACCCCAUUUCGCCACCGUCUGCGGAGAAAAGUUCCAUGUCCAACCAUCCUCCUCCAGGAGGCUCAGCAGUUGUCAAGCUGAACUUCAGCGAGGAGCGACCUCCUAAACCCCCACGCCUCUACCUGACAAAGACCCCCUCGUCAGACAGCCCAGUGUCCAUGAACUCCAAAGAGAAUUCUUAUGACGAUCCCCAAAGCAGAGCCGUGCAUCAGCCUGCGCCCAAAAAAAAGGAGUGGCUUCAGAUGGAGGAUUUCAACUGUAUCUCCGUCCUUGGUAGAGGCCACUUUGGAAAGGUUUUGCUGGCGGAAUACAAGAGAACAGGGAAGUUGUACGCCAUUAAAGCCCUGAAAAAAGGGGAUGUAGUGACACGUGAUGAAGUUGACAGUUUGAUGUGCGAGAAGAGGAUUUUUGAGACCAUUAAUGCGUCCAGUCACCCGUUUCUGGUGAAUUUGCAUGGUUGCUUCCAGACGUAUGAUCACGUGUGCUUUGUUAUGGAGUACUCGCCUGGGGGAGACCUGAUGACCCACAUACACAACAGCAUCUUCACUGAGCGGCAGACCCGGUUUUAUGCAGCCUGUGUACUUCUGGGUCUUGAGUUUCUGCAUCAGAACAAAAUUGUUUAUCGGGACUUAAAACUGGACAAUCUGUUAAUGGAUGCUGAUGGCUUUGUGAGAAUAGCAGAUUUUGGUCUUUGCAAAGAAGGUAUGGGGCACGGUGACCGUACAUCUACGUUCUGUGGCACCCCUGAGUUCCUGGCCCCUGAGGUUUUGACAGACAGCACAUACACACGUGCUGUGGACUGGUGGGGCCUUGGAGUGCUUAUCUAUGAGAUGUUGGUGGGAGAGUCUCCUUUCCCAGGAGAUGAUGAAGAGGAAGUGUUUGACAGCAUAGUGAAUGAUGAGGUGCGCUACCCCAGGUUUCUCUCCCCAGAGUCAGUCUCUAUAAUCCAGAAGCUACUGCAGAAAAACCCAGAGAAAAGACUAGGUGCUGGAGAGCACGACGCUAAUGAAGUGAAAAGACACUGGUUCUUUAAGGGAGUGGAUUGGGAAGCCCUGUUAGCCAAGCGAGUCAAACCUCCGUUCCUGCCCACCAUCAAAACAGAUGCGGACGUGAGUAAUUUUGACGAGGAGUUCACGCGCCUGAAGCCCAUGCUCACCCCUCCUCAGACACCCUUCUUUCUCACAGCCGAGCAGCAGGAGAUAUUUGCAGACUUUGACUUCUCCUCACUGCACUGACCGCCUGGGACUUGAAGGAUAAGCAGUUGUGACAUAUCAAGGCUCUGUUUCCUAUCUUGCUUGUGCUAUCUUCCUUUUUUUUCUAUUCUCUCUCUCUCUCUCUCUCUCUCUCUAACUAACUACCUACCUAUGCAGCGAAACCAAGUAAAGUUGAAUCAGUGUUACCCUUUAAACUCUGUGUGCCGUCAUGCAACUUGAGCUACACCUGAGUUCCUUCCAAAGCCAAUAGAGACCUGCUCUGAAAAGAGAAAGAAGGUGGAGCAGUGCCUGCAAUGACUCACAUAUUACCAGAACACUGCUACUCUGUCUCAAGAAUAGAGGACCUGUUAUCACUGUGAGUAAGCUAAGCUUUUACCUGCCCUGCAUUGAUCCUGAUUGGUUGGUAUGUGUAGGUGUGGAUAUGUUUAGCUUGUCUUGUACUGUUUAUUGCCUGCACACUUUUAUAAUACCGCCCCCCCCCCCCCCCAGUUCAGUGUACAUUUGUGCAGCAUUGUCAGUGGUCUCCCAGCUUAGCACAACUUUGAGGUACGGGUGGUGAUGCUUCAUGAUACUUCUUCAAGAUACGCCUCAACACUUUCUACAUGAUACGCACGUUUCAUUUUUCAGGUUUGAAAAGUUGGAUCAGUGGGGAAAAAAAACUAUUCAAUUAUUUUAUUGAGUGAUUUGCAUACUUUGCUGGGCUAAUUAUGUCCUUUGUAACAUAGCAUGCAUUUCCUCAGUAGUCUUUAAAUACUAACGAUAUCUAUGAUAUUGUGACAUAAGGUAUCACAAUAACAAAUUUUGCCUACCCCAAUCUUGCUUGCUUGAAACUGAACAGUUAAGGAUUGUGUGAACAAACAGCGAUUGAGACGGUGUCCUUGUCUGGAUCUCAACUUUUAGGGAUGUACAAAUUAAUGCAACUCUAAACUUUUAUAUGCACCUUGAAACAAUGAGAUGGAAGCAACUAAAUGAUGAUAGUGACCAAAUGCUUGUUAAACAGUGGAUCGAGUGCUUGGAAUUUAAGCUCCUAGAAACUUUGGUUCAUCUGUACGCUGUGUCGGGUGUAUCUGUGUCAAAGGUCUGUAAUUGAAUACAUGUGGCCUGGCAGAGUUGAUGCAUCAAGUCUCGUCUCUUAACUGGCUUUGAUCCACAUCAUUUUCCAAAUGAAAGCAAUGCUGGUCCCAGUUGCCUUCUGUGUAGUCUGAUCCAGAAGCCUUCACUUAUUUUAAAAGUAAUAUCCAUGUUGACCAGGAGGACAACUUACCAGCACUAAAAUGACCCCACCCUGCCUGUCUGCCUGUCUGUCUGUUCGUUGUCUGUGCACUAGCUUAUUGUGAUAGACCUCAAGUUUAAAGGUACAAUAGUUUUUUUUUACAUUCAGUUUGUUACUUUGAAGUCUUGAAGCAACUUCCAUUUUUAGCCCUAUGUUAAAAAAAAAAAAAAAGGUUCUCCUGGAUCAGACUGACAUGGCCUUUAAGCUCUUUGUAUCGGUAAACUGCACAGAACAUAUUCCCACUAACACUCCAUUAAAUUCAUUUUAUUUAACAUUUUACAUAUUGUACCUUUAAGCCAUCUUGGCUAAUAAUUCUGUUCUGUCUAGUGUUCCAGCAUGGUAGAUAUAGCGCAUUUACAGUGUAUCUACACUAUUUUAAAGCAGCCGAAGUGUUGAAUGAAAACAACUGUAACAUGCUGUAAUCUAAACAGAUUCUGUGUUUGUAUUUACAUAUGGGUCAUUAUGAAGAGUUCUGAAGUAAUGGUUUACUACUGAUAAGUUAUACUGUGAGUAAAAAAAAGAAACACUAAAGUA